AAACACACCCGGUUUUCACAUCUUUAUUAACCCAAUCAGGACUCCAACAAUUGAUAAUAUAUAUAUAUAUAUAUAUAUACACGAACGAGGAGUGUAAUGAGAAGAACAGUACAAAAAAGUCGUCCAUCAGUCAACGGUGGAGGGUCCGGUCCACCCACACUAGAACUUCCACAGUCUUCGUUCUAUUCAAAGGUCAAAGCCAUUGACCUUCUGUUUGGUGUAUUGUAUAUUAUAUGUGGAUUUCCUUUAUAAAAGUCUUUCGACUUUUUCUUCCUGAUUUUCCCUAGAAGGAAAAUAAUAAUUGUAAUAUUUAUUGAAAAUAAUAAUAAUAAUAAUAAUAAGUUGGGGCAAAAACAUGGGCGAAUUGGAGGAGGUGUGGAAGGAGGCGAUCAACGCAGCGAUCACAGCCCAAAAACUGAAGGUUUGAAAAAUCUGAAAAGAAAAAACCCUAAAAUUGGGUGCCCUAAUCCGAUGAGGUCGGACAUCAACUUCUUUCGAGUCAGAUUUUCGAGGGGUCUGUUGUGGUUUCAUGCGAAUUUUGUUUACAGGUGCUGAGUCCAUUUCCAUCUCUGAAUAAUUCAAACCACCCAUGGAUUGCAUUUCUCCCUUUGCUUCCAACUCAAUCCAUCGUCUCCACCGACCCCUCUAAUCUCGAUUUUCAUGCCUCUCCAUGGCCGGUUCGAAAUUCCGGUUUUUGUUGCAGAAGUUGGUUCUCUUGCCUCGCGCUGUCUCCCUAUAUCUUGCCUUUCUCUUAGGGUUCUUCUCCUCGUACAUUUUCAGGUUUUCGUUUUUGUUCUUUAAGGUUUCUUUUUGUGUGUGUGUGUGUGUGGUUAUGGUUUUUGUUGAUCGGGUUUUGAUUCGAUGGUCGUGCUCCAGGCUGGGAGGGGACAAUGGCCGUAGUGAAAAGAAUGAUCAGAGAUUGAAGAAUUUUGUAGAGCCGGAUGAUGGGGACGACGAUGAAGGAGAGAAUGAAGAGGUGUGUUUGAAAUUCAAGUUCCCCAGUUACGAAGAGUUCAGACAAAUCCAGAAAGAAGGAGGUAAUCUUUUCGAUGAAAUUGACGAUGAUCCCGGUGGAAAUUUAGAGAUUGAUGAAGGAAUUGAGGAAGAAGAUGCUGUUGAUCUUGAUCUUGAUGAGAAUCAAUUUAGUGUUGAAAAUUGUGAUUUGGAGAGCGGUUCUUCGAAUUCUUACACCAAUGGUUUCUUGUCGGAGAUUGAUUUUGUGGAGGAAAUGGAAAUCAGCAGCGAUUAUAAAUGGGAUUUUACCGAAGAAGAUUCAUCACAGGUCGAUGAUAUUAACCUAGACAAAGGUUUCUUGUCCGAGCAGGACUUUGAUGAUAAUGAAAAUGUUGAGUAUUCAGACAACAUAGACGAUUUCGAGGAUGAUUCCGAAGAAGAAGAUGCCGAAUGCGAGGAUUCAGACAGUCUGUGGGAGCAUCAAGAGCUGAUCGAGCAGCUAAAAAUGGAGCUGAAGAAGGUGAAGGCAACAGGGCUUCCCACCAUUCUAGAAGAAUCCGAAACCUCCCCUAAGAUACUCAUGGAAGACUUGAAGCCAUGGAAAAUCGACGAAUUCCAGCGCCAAGAUUCCUUCGGCGAUCUCCACAGAUUCUACAAAACUUACCACGAAAGAAUGCGAAAAUUCGACAUUGUCAGCUACCAGAAGAUGUAUGCUAUUGGUUGUCUGCAGCUGAAGGAUCCUCUGCAAUCCUUGUCCAAGGAAAAAUCAUCGCCGACCUUCAGAUCUGUCCUGUCCCAGAAUCCUCUGCAUCUCUUUAAGAACAGAGUCCACGGCGCGGAUGAUCCGAUGAAGAAGUUCGUAAAGGAGCUGCAGGAGGAUCUAGAAGCCGUGUACGUGGCGCACACGUGUCUUUCGUGGGAGUUCUUACAAUGGCAGUAUGAGAAGGCCCUGGAUUUGUGCGACAACGAUCCACGUGGCGUUCGAACAUACAACAAAGUCGCCGGCGAGUUCCAGCAGUUUCAAGUGCUGAUGCAUAGAUUCAUCGAAGACGAACCGUUCCGCGGCCCGCGAUUGCAGCAUUACGUCACCACGCGGCGCGCGCAUCGCAAUCUUCUUCAAAUCCCCGUAAUAAGACAGGACAACCCGAAAGACAGAAGAAAGAACUGGAAAUCAGACAACGGAGAAGACGCCUACAUCGUCACCAGCGAAACUCUCGUGGAAAUUCUCGAAGAAUCGAUUCGGGUAUUCUGGCGAUUUGUCCGGGCUGACAAGGACUGCAUUGUCUCAGGCGACAAAAAGCUUCCGGAGCUCGCUUUUCCGGAAGACCUCAAGCUACUAAUGGAGGCCAAGAAGGCUCUCCAAAAGAAGCAGAGGAAGCUCCGGGAAGUAGUUAAGAGCGAAAAGUGCAUCCUGAGGAAAAUGAGCCGAUGCCGGGGAGACGACGAGUACGACCACGUGCUGUGGUUUUUCUCGCAGGUGGACAUGAGAUUAGUCGGGAGGACAUUGAACAUGUCGAAGAUAACGAGGGAUCAGUUGCAAUGGUGUCAUAACAAGCUUGAUAGGAUUAGUUUUGUCGAUAGGAGAUUAUAUGUAGAGCCUGCUUUCUUGCUCUUCCCUUGUUAGAUUUUAAUUUUGUCACCAAUUAAUUAAUUGAAUCGAUCCAUAGAAGAAGUAGAUAGUUGCUUCUAUAGCUUGCUUUGGCAAUGGCAGAACUACUCUGAUUAAAUGAAUAAUUAAAUAAAGAAGAAGAAGAACAAAAUAAUACUCU